AUGCUCAUCAAAGAGUCCCACGCAGAUGUGACGACGACCGUCAAUGGCGUCGAGAGCUCCAUGAGAAUCUUUGUCUUUCACCCCACCAUCCCGCAGUAUCCCAACGCCCGUUUCCCUGGCGUCCUCCUCUUCAGCGAGAUCUACCAGGUCACCGGGCCAGUCGCCCGGUUCGCCCGCCAGAUCGCCGGCCAGGGUUAUAUCGUCGCCGCGCCAAGCUCCUACCACGACUUCACGGGUCCCGAGGCGCUGGCUUACGAUACACUCGAGUCCUACGACCAGGACUCUUACAAGACUGUAGACUAUCUCCUGAGCCUGCCCACUUGCACUGGUCUGAUCGGAGCUACCGGAAUGUGUCUUGGCGGCCACCUUGCGCUGAGAGCUUCUCUGGACCCUCGUAUCUCGGCCACAGUCUGCUACUUCGCAACAGACGUGCACUCGCGCACCCUGGGCCCGUACGACAAGCCCGACCUCUCCGCCACAGCGCCCUCACCGGACAGCAAACACACCAUUGACCUCCUCGGCAACCUCAAGGGCGAGGUGUCGCUGAUCUUCGGGCUCAAGGACACCCACGUGCCCGACGCCGGCCGCGACCUGAUCCGCGCCAAGCUUCGCGAGGCCGGCGUCGUCUUCAGCUUCCACGAGUUCGCCUGGGCCCAGCACGCCUUCAUCCGCGACGAGCUCAGCAAGGGCCGCUACGAUCCUGCCAUCACCAAGGCCUGCUUCGAGGUCCUGCUGGAGCUGUUUGGCCGCACCCUCAAGGUCGAUCUUGGCCCCAAGGACGGUGCGCCACAGAAGCUGGAGCACGUCUGUUAG